CGACAGGGUCUGAGCGCAGCCCGCGGAAUCGCCGGCUCCGCCCCCUACCUCCGGCUCCGCCCCCGGCAUUGACUCCGCGUGGCUCUUACCGCUAGCACCUCAAACCCGGUGGUCCGGUGGCAACUCCAGGUUCGGGUGGCGCGGCAGCGUAAACCGCGAGCCCUCCCUCCCCACAAGGAUCGGUCCGUGACUUCUCUCCCGAAAAGAACGAAAAAACGCAAACUGCGGGCAGAAUUGGAUUCCAUUGGAUUCCGACGAGCAGUUUUGGACCGGGAGCCGAGGUACCGAACGACAACUGGGCGGCCCCAAGGGACGGACAGGCCGGGGUCGCCAUCCGGAGAGCCAUGGCCGCGUCCGCCCGCCGCCUCUGCCACAUUGCCUUCCACGUGCCCGUGGAGCAACCCCUCGCCCGGGACCUGCAGCGCCUCUUCGGCUUCCAGCCCCUGGCGGCGCGGGAGGCGGACGGCUGGCGGCAGCUAGCCCUGCGAAGCGGAGACGCAAUCUUUCUGGUGAAUGAGGGCGCGGGACCCGGGGACCCGCUGUAUGGCCUGGACUCGCGUCACGCAGUGCCCAGCGCCACGAACCUGUGCUUCGAAGUGGGCGACGCGGCGGCCGCAGCCCGGGCGCUAACUGCGCGGGGCUGCUGCCUCCCGGUGCCUCCUGUUAGCCUACGGGAUGCCCAGGGCGCGGCCACCUACGCGGUGGUGAACUCGCCGGUCGGCAACCUCAGCCUGACCUUGCUGGAGCGCGCCGGCCACCGCGGGCCCUUCUUGCCAGGCUUUGGGCCUGUGCCCCCGGUGCCCGGCCCCGGCUGGGUCAGCCACGUGGACCACCUGACCCUGGCCUGCACCCCCGGCAGCUCCCCCACACUGAUGCACUGGUUCCAAGACUGCUUGGGCUUUCGCCACCUGCCUCUGAGCCCAGGUGAGGAUCCGGAGGUGGGCCUAGAAGUGACUGCAGUGGGUGGGCGCGGCGGGCUGCGGCUCACGGCCCUGCAGACCCCGACGGGCAGUGCUGUCCCCACUCUCGUGCUGGCUGAGUCCCUGCCGGGGGGCACUGACGGAAAGGACCAGGUGGAGCAGUUCCUGGCCCGACACCAAGGACCGGGCCUGCAGCACGUAGGGCUGUACACGCUUGACAUUGUGGUGGCCACUGAAGGUGUGGCAGCGGCAGGGGGCCAGCUCCUGACUCCUCCUGAGGCUUACUACCAGCAGCCAGGCAAGGAGGGCCAGAUCCUAGCUGCAGGUCACAAACCUAGCCUGCUAGCCAGACAGGGGAUCCUGCUAGAUGGUGAUCAAGGCAAGUUCCUGCUGCAGGUCUUCACCAAGUCCCUCUUUCCCGAGGACACCUUCUUUCUGGAGCUGAUUCAGAGGCAGGGUGCCACAGGCUUUGGCCAGGGCAACAUCAGGGCCCUGUGGCAGUCGGUGCAGGAGCAGGCUGCCAGGUGCCGGAGAGCCUGAGGAGGGUGUUACUGGAGUCCAGACACACCCAGAGAAACAUCCACAGAGACCUGACUACUGAAAGACCUUGCACCAUGGGCCAGGUGUGACCUCUACUCAGUGUCCUCAGCACCCACCAGAAAUUGGUUCUCAACUGGGGUCCAAGGAGGUGGACUUUGUUGGUACUAUGAAACAUUUUUUACAUGCACUACCUAAUAUAUAUGCAAAAUAUAAAUAAUAAUAAAGGAGUUACAAGAUCAGGAAGAGAAUAUAACCAAUACUUUUGAAACCCCCGAAGUGCCCUCUCUGAUCCCAUUUCUCUCCCACUCACUCCCCAAAUUUUGUGAUCAACCCCUUGCUUUUCUGUAUACACUAUGUAAUGUAACCCUAAAUAACUAUGAUUUAGUACUUGAGGUAGGAAUUUAAGACAACAAAUCCUCCCCAGUGCCUCCCCUCUCCCUAGGAAGCUGCAGGUGGGGAGGUGGUAGGUCAGGGCUGAGCCCAACCAACUGCCCUGGGGCAAUGCCAUUGCUCCAAUCAGAGGUGACCUGAGACCUGGACUGAGGGUAUUGGGUGUCCACUGCAGGCACGUACUGGCAGGUGCUCCCUGGAGCUGCCUUUUCCCUCUCCUGGGAGCUCAGCCAGUGGAAGCCAGGACCAAGGAGGACUUGACCAGUUCCUGGGUUCCUCAGAGGUGGGGAGUGAGGGGGUGGAAAGCUUUCCAAAAUGACUACAGAAAAUAAACACUUUAUUAAACAACAGGAUUCUCAGGGUGGGCACUUCCAGAGGCAUCACUGGGCUGCACUCUUGAGGCUGGGUGCAUCAGUGGGGGCAUGGGGCCGAAAGAAACGAUCCAGGACUUGCUGGCCUGGGCUGGGCUUUUUCCGGCACGAUGGGAUAGACACCCGGGACCUUUUGGAACCCUGUGCAGAGAAGCCAAACUAAGAAGGCACCGAGGAGGGAGCUGCACAGAAUCCUCCUCCCGUUCCCUUCUCACUCCACUGAUUCAGUUCACGUUCUAGCCUGGAAUGUUGCAAAAGCUUUCACCCUGACCUCCAGUAUGUGCUCCUCAGAUCAACUCACCAAAAGGUAGCCAGAGGGAUCUUCCUAAAAUGCACAUCUAACUCCUCUCUCUUCUACCUAAAACAGCUUCAGCUGCCUCAGGCCCUAAUCGACCUGGGGAGGCCCUGCUGGCCCCUCCAGCUAAACCAAAUGCUCCCAGCUC